CAUCUAAUAAAUUUUUUCUGGUAAUUUUCUGUUUUGAUAAUUUAUAUUAGUUACAAGCAUUAUUAUUUGACAAUCGUUUAUAGUGUUUAAUUAAUGAAUUUUUAUUAAAAAACGAGAUUUUUUUUUAAAAUGGGACAUACUUGGUCAGAAUAUGUUGCUCCUGAAGUCACUCCAUUACGAAACAAACCUUCACAAUUUGAACCACAUUUUGGUUUUUCGGAAGAAAGACGGGAAAAAAAAAUGAUUGCUUCAUUAGCUGAAAUGGAAGCAGCUAAAAUGCCUUUAGAUGCUCGAGACUUCUGCGCCCAUAUGCUAUUAAAUCUAAGAGGAUGUAUUAGAGAAAAUUUUCCAUUUAAUCAUCGCUGUCAUCACGAGAGAGAAGAAUAUUAUGAAUGUCAAUUUCAUGACUAUUUGGAUCGCAUGAAAGACUAUGAAAGAGAAAAACGCUUAUUACAAAGAAGACAUAAACUUAGGCAACAAGGCACACCAAAUUCAGAAGAAGGAACUGUUGCAGCUUAAAUAUAAUUGCUAUUUUUAAGUGUAGGCAAAUCAAAUGUAAGUGUUGUUUUUAAAUUUUGUUUCUUAGUUUAAAAAUAAAUUUAAAACUGUAAUAAAGUUUAUACAAUAAUAAAAUAAAGUAAUAAUUAAAAUUACAAAAAUUUGAA